AUGGAUAUUUUGACGGUGAUAGAAAAAUAUUAUACAAAGCACAAAUCGCAGUCGCUCGAUGACUCCGCAAAUUUGGACAAGCAGUACUCGCCGUCACAAUGGGCGACUCGCCUGACACCCGAAACAAUUGUGGGAAAUCAUGUGGAAACCAUGGUUUCUGCGACGAAAAACGCGCGGAGCAGCAUCAACUGCGAAACCGGAGUGAAAUACAGUGAUCUCGGCCCGAACUGUCUGCUAGACAUCUACAAGCCAGAAGAAGUGACGAAAGGAACGCCAGUUUUUGUCUACAUCCACGGUGGUUACUGGCAAGAGUGCAGUAGAGAUGUUUCGGGACAUGCAGCAGAAUCGGUGACGAAAAUGGGCGCAAUUUAUGUCGGAAUUGGUUAUGAUCUCUGUCCGAGUGUUUCAAUGUCUGAAAUCGUCGCUCAAGUGCAAGCAGCAUUUCAAUUCAUUCGCCACAAAUUUCCUUACACUGUCGGAAUUCACAUUAUGGGACACUCGGCUGGUGCUCAUUUGGCGACGAUGGUUUUGGCGCAGCAUUCGCACGAUUUUCCAAGCUUGCUGCCCGUGACGAUUUAUGCUGUUUCGGGGAUUUUCGAUUUGAGGCCGAUUGUGGAAACUUCCGUCAAUAAUGCCUUGAAACUCACCAUCGACGACGCCGAAGCCAUGUCUCCAAUGGACCCGACUAACUUCAAGAAAAUCUACGCGAAUUCAAGACAAUCGACUCGUUUCAUUAUCUGCAUCGCUGAAAAUGACUCUCCAGCUUUCCACGAUCAGUCUCUUCGCUUUUACGAAAUGCUGAAUGCAACUGGAGUUCGAUGCGAUUUCAUUGAAUUCGAAAAUACCGAUCAUUUCAACAUUGUGGAAAAAUCAACAGACCCAAAUUACUUGAUGAACGAUGUUAUCAAGAACCAGCUUUCCUCCUUGUCUUCCAACUGA